CCCUCGCAGGCACGCAGAGCUAGUCUACCUGUCGACUAACUCCGACGUGCCCAUUCGUGGCAUCAUGCCAGAACGUGUGUACAGGUGGACGUACAUUGCUAAUGAUAGGACACAAAUCAAUAUAGUUUUAUAUCGCUGGUUUAAUUAAAAGAGUCAGGUGUGUUCCGUCGAGAAAACAAACAACAAAACAACCUGGUCACAAAAUCCUUUGAGUGGAGAUUUGUGUUGUUGGGAAGAACCAAACGAAACUGUUUGAUUAGAGCUCUUGUUUUUGUUGACGUCAUUUGAGCCAUUUUCACAAUACAGCUAUGGUGAUGAAACUGUAAUUAUAGUGACACGAUUUCUUUACCAAGACAUCAACUGCAAAUAUGAGUAAAGCGAAGCAGAAGUACGAAGCAUCAAAAGCGAAAUUAAAACCGCUGACCCCAAUAAAGGAGACCUCCAACCUUUACACACCAAGGCUUUCCGAGAAGAAGACGGUACUGGUACAGAGAAACAAGCCGAUAGUGGUUCAGACAUUGCCCGAGGAGGUUCUGCCAAGACAACCAACAAAUAGUGAUCGGCCCAAGCCGUAUUCGGGGUCUAGACGCGGCGAUGACGUUGAACAAGUGGUAGAGGAAUACCUCAACUAUUCCAAAUACAGCAGCGCCAUGCCCGUGCAGCAUGAGAUACUGGAUGGACGCAGCACGUUGACGUGUGCCUGCUGUCAGAAGCGGAACAUGGAAAACAUGCGCUUAAAACGAGAAGUAGCCAUUGCGUCCAAUCUACCGCGGGCCAGUCUCGAACUCAGUGAUUCGCCAAGUCCCAAAGACACACGAACAAGCCCGAGAAGAGAACGAAAUGUUGAAGCUACCGCACAGCAAAAGAACCCAAGCGACUGGAUUAAAUACCAACCAGUGCCAAGUGCUCAGACAUACCUAAGUCCCGAAUUUAACAGGCCAUACGUGCUUCAGGAUUUUUAUGAUAAUUCACAGCUAGACGCUCAAAGUACCUACGUCAAAGUGAAAAUUAUUGAUGCCGAUGCUAGGUACAAAGAAGCGAUGGAAAAACUGGAACGAACAUCUCAGUACUUUGGUCCUGAUAGAACAGACACAGACAAUGGAACAGAUUUCUCUUGAUGACACAUUUGCAAUGUUGUUAUAAAGUGGUUGUUCUCGGUAAUAUAAACUAUCGGACCGGAGGCUUGAUGCAUUCUCCCACCCUAUGAUCAAGAUGUACAUCUCUCUCUCUCUCUCUCUCUCUCUCUCUCUCUCUCUCUCUCUCUCUCUCUCUCUCUCUCUCUCUCUCUCUCUCUGUGUGUGUGUGUGUGUGUG